AUGAACCACUCAAGCGGUGCCGAUUCUCGCCGCCGUAAAACGACGUCGUUCCGGCGCCAGGCUUACCGAUCUCCGUCUAGUCCACUUCAGCACUGGAAGCUCGACGACAACAAAGCCACCGGAGGCUCCAAGGCCACUGCUCGGAAGCUCGCCGCCGGGCUUUGGCAGCUCCGCUUCAGCGAAAUUUCACGGCGUAAAGAGCUCAAUUCUGGCUCCGAUGAUCAUUUUCGAGCUCACGUUGAGCUUGAGUCGUCUUUGACAUGUCCGAAAUUGGGAUUGGAGAGGGCAACAAAGUGGGAUCAUUGCUGCUCAAAUGAAUCUGAUGACAUCCGUGGGUUGUAUGUGAAAGAUUGUCGAGUGAAUACUGUGUCUAUGGUUUGUUCAUUGAGUGAUGAACUGUUACAAGCUAGAUUGUGCAUUCGGGAGCUUGAAGUUAAGCAGAAAUCUUUUAGGAAGAAAGUCAAACACUUCUUAAGGAAGUUUGAAGAGGAAAGAGUAUCUUGGAAGCAUGGAGAUCGCGACAGAGAUGGUGCAGUUAUUAAGGACUUGAUGAGAGAACUAAGCAGGGAGAGGAGAAGUCGUCAACAGAUGGAAAAUCUCGGCACCAAUCUGAUCAGUCGGUUAGCAAAAGCAAAGUUGUCCGCAGACCACUUCAUGAAAACUUACGAGGAAGAGAAAAAGAACAGAAGAACUAUGGAACAAGUUUGUAGCGAACUAGCGGAAUACAUUAGAGAAAAUAAGGCUGAACUGAAGGCACUAAAAAGAGAAUCCAUGAAAGUUGUCGAUGAAUUGGAUGAAGAGAGAAAGAUGUUGCAGAUGGCUGAGGCUUGGCGUGAAGAACGAGUGCAGAUGAAGCUGAUUGAUGCAAAACUUGCUCUUGAAGAUAAGUAUCAUCAGGUGAACAAGCUGAUAACAGACAUUGAAACUUUCUUAAGGUCAAGGUUCACUACCCUGGAUAUGCCAGACUUGAGAAAGGCUGAGUUGAUCCUACAGGAAGUUAAGUCGUUAAAUAUUCAAGAUCUCGAGGAAUUUUGUAAUGUUUCUCUGAAAUCAGAUGAUAUAAUCUCUACUUUUGAAGCAUUCCAACCAUAUGAAGGUACACGGAGAGAGAAUAAACCUUUCAUUUGCCACAGUACUUCUAGUGAUGGUUCCGAAUUACAUCCAGUGAGUCCUGACAAUAAUCGGUUCAACAUAAACCCUUUGCCAAGUUACUCAAAUGAUCUCAACGGCUAUAGUAGUGGUGUGCAAGUAAGUGCUAGAGGUUGGGCAAACGGGAGUCAUGGUGAAGAUCAGGGUUCUUCUCAUUGCUUGAGAUGGCGUAAUUCCUCCAUUGUCAGGGAUAGCGAAUGCAGACAUGGGUCCAGGAACGUUGGUGAAUGUAAAGAUUCUGCAGGUCAAUCCUCUCCAGAUACUGAAAUCAUUGAAGUUUGCUCAGUAUUGGAGCAGCAAUCAGAGCAGAAGCCACCUUCUAUGUCAGAGCUUUGGAGAUCAUGCCCGGACAAUGGUGAAGUUUUUAAGAUACUUUUGGACGAGGACAAGAGGAGGCUUUCAAGUGGGGUGACAUCAUGUUUGCGAAGAAAUGCUGAUAGUAGGCUGACUGAACAUGAGACCAGACACCGGAAUUCAAAUGAACUUCUGCUCCCACCGGGCAUAGCAAAUCCACACAUCACACGAGGGAUGCAAGGACGCAUUCAAUGGCCGCGAGCUGGCCAAAAGAACAGUUCAAAUGCAAAGGUUUUGGAAGCAAAAAUAGAAAGCCAGAGAUCUCAACUGCGCCAUGUUUUUAAACAGAGGUUUAUGUGA